AUGGAUAUGAGUCAGGGCAUUCGGGAAGAGCUGACGUGCUCUGUCUGUCUGGAGUAUUUCACCGACCCAGUGACCAUCGGCUGCGGACAUAGCUUUUGCCAAGCGUGCCUCGAACGCAACUGGGGAGGGGCCAAGAACCCCUUCCCAUGUUCUGAGUGCCGCAAAUGCUCUGAGCUAUGGAAUUUCCUCCCCAAUCGGCGGCUGGAGAAGCUGGCAGCCAUCGCCCGGCGGGCCGGGUCCCACAAGCUGCUGAGACAGGAGGAGGAGGAGCAGCGUCUUUGUGAGCAACACCAACAGAUGCUGAAACUUUUCUGCCAAGAGGAUGAGACGCCCCUGUGCAUAGCCUGUCUCAGAGGCCCGGAACACAGCACACACAGCAUUAACCCAGUGCAGGAAGCUGUCGAGGAAUAUAAGGUGAAGCUCCAGGCCGCUUUGGAGAAACGAUGGGAAGACAUGCAAAAAGUUCAUAAAUUGCUGGCCUUGGAGAAGAUCAAAACUGAGCUAUGGAAGGAGAAAGUGCAGCAGAGGAGACAGACCAUCUUGUCCGAAUUUGAAAAAAUGCGGGAAUUCCUGGCAGAGGAACAGGCCCAGCAACUCCAUAACCUGGCUUUGGAAGAAGAGAAGGUGCUGCGGAAAUUGGAGGAAAUGAAGAGCCAAGUUUCUCAGCAGGGCACCGUCCUCAAGGAGUUGAUUGGGCACUUGGAGGAGAAGUGUGAGAAACCGGCACUGGAGUUGCUGCAGGAUAUUGAAACCUUAUUGAGUAGGUCUGAAGCUGCAGAGCUGAAGGUGCCCUGGGACGUGUCUGUGGAACUGAGAAGUGUGUGCCACGUGUUUGGAAUGAGGGAGAUGCUGUGCAAAUUCCAAGUUCCGAUGAGGUUGGAUGAAGACACGGCAAAUCCCAAUCUCGUUCUGUCCAAUGAGUGGCAGAGUGUUAAGUAUACUACCCAUCAGCAAAAUCUCCCCAGCAAUCCUGAACGAUUCAAUCUAGCUCCCUUUGUGCUGGGCUCCCAGCGGUUCAACUCCAGAAGGCAUUACUGGGAAGUAACGGUAGAACACACAGAUGAGUGGAUCCUUGGAGUUUGCAAUGAAGCAACACGCAGGAAAGGCUUGAUUCAUUUGCGUCCUGAACACGGAUUUUGGACAAUAGCCUUGAAGAAUGGCAAUUUCUAUGCAGGAAAGACUCGUUUCCCUAUGAGGGGUUCCCCGAAAAUGGUGGGAGUCUACCUCAACUACGAGGCCAAAACAGUGUCAUUUUAUAACCUGACCAACAGAAUCCACAUAUAUAGUUAUCAGGGCUCCCAUUUCUCUGGUUCGCUUUGUCCCAUAUUUGCUCCCUGUGUUCAGAUAGCAGAAAAUGGAGCAGGUCCCCUGGUCUCCAGGUGCAGCCCCACUCCUUCAUUAUCCUCGGCUAAACACACCAGUCCCCAUGUCAUCCUCAGGCCCAACCACUGGUUCAUAGUUGUAGCACCUAUCUCUCAGCACCUUCUGCCCCAACCACCAGUCCCAAAAUAUAACCUCACACCCUCAUCAUCUUUGAUGGUGCCCAUCCAUCCCAUUGUAACCCCUCUUCCUCAUUAUCCCUGGCUGCAACAACCAGUCCCCAGAAGGAUAUUAGCCAUUCUCCCUGCACUGUCUGCCCUGAGCAUGCAGGCAGAUGAAAGAGGAUUCUGGAUUGGAUUGAUGGGGGCAAAAAGCAUUAAUAAGAUGUGGUACACAAAUCCAUUAGAGCAGUUUCCUGGCAACCAUGGUUUGGAGUUUGACAGGCCUAGAUCUACCCAGGGUGUGGCAGAGGAGAAAGUUGCAGAAUCAUGA